AUGGGCCCCUUAGACCAAAGGAAACGAAAUGCCAAUGCGAAGCAUACUGUGAUUCAACGUCGAUCACACACAAAGUCCCGCGCAGGAUGCCUUUCCUGUAAGGCCAGGAGGAUCAAAUGCAGUGAGGAGAAGCCAAUAUGCGCCCACUGCAAGCUGAAAUCGAAGAUCUGCGAGUAUCCAGCCCCAAGAUUAAAUCCGGUCAAUCUACGUUUUGGGAAUGGCUGGGCCAUACCACUACCAGGACCUCCAUGCCUUCCAGUCUCUUCGGUAAAUGAUGAGUUCACGCUACGAGAUCUCAGGUUGUUCCAUCAUUUCCUCCAUCACGCCUACCCCUCCCUACCGUUGGGUAACCAGGCCACCUGGAUUCGUGAUGUCCCCCAGCUCGUCUAUGAGUACGAGCAUCUUAUGCAUGCUUUGUUGGCACUGGGUGCAUCGCAUAUUGGAUCCCGUACCAGUGGCAACGACGACACAAACAAGGACAACUACAGUGCACUCACGCACAGGGGUCGUGCUAUUGCAGGCUUGAAAAAAGCAUUUUCCCGUAACGACAAAUCGUCCUCUGAAUCUGACGCAAUGCUAGCCACUUGUUACGCUCUUGCAUUCCAAUCUGCUCAUCUCUCAAAUGGGGCUUUAGACUUUGCUACCUUUGUGCGUGGCUGUGCGAUGAUUACUCGCCGUAUUCAAGACGGGGAUCAAAGCACAAUAUUCAAUCUAUCCGCAGACCCUUCUCAGUGCCCCACAAAGCUGUCAUACUCCCAUGGCAGCUCGCUUCUGGACUUCAAGCUGUCAGCUUCGCUGGCAGAUCUCCUUUGCCGGAUAACAGAGGCUCUUGACAAUGCAGAAGGGCACAUGACUCGACAUCAGGCAGAAUGCAAUUUUUAUCAUGCCAUUCGUGCAACUUUCCUUGCACUGCAACAUUCACCGGCAAAGGGCUACGCACAGUUCCUGAGUUUCUACGCCGUCUGGUUCAAAAUGGCUGAGGACAGCUUGCACCUGCACCUCACGGCGGGUCCAGUAUCCGACUCAGCACAGCUGCUAUGGUCAUACUUCAUCGGAUUGCAGCUAUUCAUUGUCUUAAUUGUCAAGCAGGCUGCUAUGGAGAAGGGCGUGUCUCUGCUUGAGGAAGAUAGUGACCUCCGAAAUGCGAGAAUCUCGAAGCUCACCGCAACCCUGGGCUGGUUUCAAGCAAUUGCGAAGAAUAUCCCUUUUGGCCUAAUGCCCUUUAUCAAAUCGCCGCAGGGGAUGGCCGAGGAAGUCACUGUUGUAUUCAACGUUCCCAGCCCCACUGAGAAAGAAAUCCAAAAGAAACUCGAGAUUCUGCGAAACCUGGGCCUGAAUGCUCAUACCGUUCUAGUUAGUAUCCUUGAUAUUUCUGCGACGCUGACCAACUGGACAGAGGCAUGCCUGGCCAGAAUGUCUCGGCUCGAGACCCAGCCUGCUUUUCGAAACGACAGUGCCGGGCCGAUCACCUUUUCCAGUGACGACCAUUCAUUGUUGAGCUAUGAAAAAGCUUUGGAUCAGGAAUGGAGCCGUCGAGCGUCUUUGGAGGUGGCCAGCAUUGAUGGACAUAUAGGAAGUAUAUCGUCUGACUAUGUGGUGCCCGGCUCCGAUGAUGACUACUCGGCUUUGCACGAGGACCUUGACAUUCUCUACCGAUCCGAUAUGCUGCACUUGCAUUCUAAACUCAUGGAUUGA